GCAAGACGUGCCACUGUUCGAGAACAACACCACUCGCGAUUUCCAGGUAAAAAGAACAUAAUAUGGAGGAAAUUGAGGAAAACAUUUUGGAUAAACUCUUAAUGCCACCUGUGUCACAAAUACGCUUUCCUCUGAAGCUUUGGAAGCUUUUAAAUACAUGUGACAGUGGGGCAAUUUCGUGGAGCAUCGACGGGAAGUCUUUCAUCAUAAAUAGAAAAAUAUUUCAGACGGAGUUUUUAAGCAGAAAAUCUGAUACAUUCAAAACUCAAAACAUAAGCAGUCUUGUGCGUCAAUUAAAUUUGUAUGGUUUCCAAAAAGUUCAAAGACGACCCUUUGCGGGAAUAUCAAGGAAAAACUGGCCUGACCUGUUGGAGUAUCGUCACACCCAUUUUCGGAGGGGCUAUCCUGAACUUGUGAACGUUGUUCAGCGGCGAUCAAAAGAAGAGGAGGAAGACCGGAUAGCUAGCAAUAAUCUCGCCAUGUAUCGGACUCCAGACCCAAUCUCUAAGACACAACCCUUGCAGAACCAGGACGGAGUCUACUCGAUAGCACGAAAAGAAGGAAACAGUGAGAUUUUGGAGCCGUUUUGCCAUCAGGGACAAGGACAUGCACAUGGCCAGUCUUCUUUUCAGCCAAUGAAGCUACCUUUGAAACGUCUAAACAAAGCGCCGGUUCGCUCAAAAAACACACUGCAGACUAUAUCACUAUCAAACCAAGCGGGCGUUUUCCAGUUCCCUAUAACCAUACCGGAGAAUUCUCUGCAGCCAAUAACGUUACCUUUCAAAAGUCACAACUUAUCUUCCAUGAGCGCUGACAAACAAGACGCCAAUUUUCAGACCAUACCAAUGGUCUGCGGAAGCUUGUACGGACAGGAAAGCAUUCUGAAGCCCAUAACGUCGCCAUUCGGUAUACAGCUUUUGAGAAAUAGCGUUCAGAUCUCGCAGUCUGGCCUACCACAGGGACAGGCUACUCAAAUACUCCAAAUGGACCACUCACAGGAGCUAGCUUAUCAAACCCUUCGGACGGAGCACUUCCAGGGGCCAGGCGUUCAGACUCUGCCAACAGAUCACAUAUAUGAACAGGACGAUCAGACUCUACAGACGGACGAAAACUCACAGGGACAGGGAACACAAAUUAUCCAGAUGGACCACUUACAGGAACCCGGCGUUCAGAUUCUCCAGAUGGAAGAAAUGCAAGAAAAGGAAGUUCAUACUCUCACGAUAGAACAAAUACCAGAACAGGGUGUUCAGGCUCUCGAGAUGGAACACACACAGGGGCAGAGGAACACAUUCACCCUGGGUGCGGUUGAAUCUCCCGUUGUCUUGACGGAAAGUGAGACUGCUUUCACCUCGAACCAGCCAGAAACAACUUAUGCCGUACCCAGCCAGUUCAGGACCGUAGAUGCAAAUGACAUUCUCGCUACAUUCUAUAUACCCAAACAUGCUGAUCCAUCUAGCUCAUAGACCGAGAGACACCGUACAGAUACAGCCAUCCCAUUUGUCGGCUUCACAUUCACCUUGCAUCUUUAAGUUCAAAACUCUCCUGCACCGUCGGGUUCACAGCCAUACCACACCGUUGGGUUCAUAGCCAUCCAGCACAGUCAGGUCCAUAGCCAUCCCGCCCACCGUGGGGUUAAAGCCAUCCCGCACCGUCGGGCUUACUUUCAUCCCGCACCGUCGGGCUUACUGCCAUUCCACUACGUCGGGCUCACAGGUCCUCUGCACCAUCAGGUUUACGGCCAUCCUGGACCGUCGGGCUCACAGGUCCUCUGUACCAUCAGGUUUACAGUCAUCCUGGACCGUCGGGCUCACAGGUCCUCUGCACCAUCAGGUUUACGGCCAUCCUGCACCGUUGGGCUCACAGGUCCUCUGUACCAUCAGGUUUACAGCAAUUCUGCACCAUCGGUCUCACAGGUCCUUUGCAUACAGCCAUCAUGCAACGUCGAUUUUACAGUCAGGUGUCAGCAAUCCCGCAUCGCGAGAUUCACAUCUUUCUAUAAGUGUCAGCUUCAAAGCCAUCCCCUUCACAGUUUCACAGACCGACAUGGAUCCUCCAGAAUUCAUCUUUUCUUUUUGUGCAUGUACAAAUAUGUUAUGGCUUAUUUCGUGCAGUUUUCGAACAUAAUUUCACUGAAACUUUGCGUUUACCAAGUAUCUUUUGGUUUGUUUAGUCCCUGGACGGAA